UGAUGGCUCUGAAGCUCUGAAUUUCAGGCUUUUGCGGCUCUCGGUGAGGAAGGAUUUGCUACCAUGGUAGAUCGGGGGCCCCUCCUGACCUCUGCCAUCAUCUUCUACCUGUCCAUAGGGGCCGCGAUAUUCCAGGUGCUGGAAGAACCCAACUGGAAGCAGGCAACGAAGAGCUAUGAGGAUUACAGGGGCAAAAUCCUGGCCAAACACAAGUGCCUCACCCCGAAGGACCUGGAGGACAUCCUGGAGACCGUGUCGAACGCUGCUGGACAAGGGGUGACGAUCACCGGCAACGCGACCUUUAACAACUGGAACUGGCCCAACGCCGUCAUCUUCGCUGCCACGGUCAUCACUACGAUCGGUUACGGUAACAUCGCACCCAAGACGUCCGCCGGGCGGCUCUUCUGUAUCUUCUACGGCCUGUUUGGCGUCCCGCUCUGCCUCACGUGGAUCAGCGCCCUCGGGAAGUUCUUCGGCGGCCGCGCCAAACGUUUGGGGGUUUUUCUGACGAAAAGAGGCGUCUCCUUGAGAAAAGCUCAGAUUACCUGCACAGCGAUCUUUAUAUUUUGGGGAGUUCUUGUGCAUUUGGUGAUUCCUCCGUUUAUCUUCAUGAAAACCGAGGGCUGGACAUACAUCGAGGGUCUCUACUUCUCCUUCAUCACCAUCACCACCAUCGGAUUCGGAGACUACGUGGCAGGUGUGAAUCCAAAGGUGACCUACAACGUCCUGUACAGGUACUUUGUGGAGCUGUGGAUCUACCUGGGCCUCGCCUGGCUUUCUCUCUUUGUCAACUGGAAAGUCAGCAUGUUUGUGGAGGUCCAUAAAGCCAUCAAAAAAAGGAGAAAAAGAAGGAAAGAAUCCUUUGAAAGCGACCCUCGCGCCAAAAAGGACAAACCGAUUCCGCUGGCGAGCUCUAAAGACAACAUCAUGGGUUUCCUCUCUAAAAAGGAAGAAACCUACAACGACUUGAUCAAGCAGAUCGGCAAAAACGGCCUGAAGGCCGACGGUGAGAAGAUAAUUGGGAACGGAGACGCUCCGCGCAAUAGUAAAACGCAAAACAAAGGCAGGGAGAUCAUGGUCUCCUACAGCAAGCGCAGCAGUCCGGGAUACAACGUGGUGACGUUUACCAACGGCCUGCAAAAAGACAUGGGCGUGAAGACCUUCCAAGACAAGGACACGAGCAUCUUCAUCAACCAAUUAGACCGCAUUAGCGAGGAAGAAGGAGAGCUUUGGGACUCUAAAGAUUACAAGCCUUUGAUAUUCCAGAACGCCAACAUCUCUUUUGUGAACGAGGAGGAAGAAUGCGACCUCUCCGAGGACGAGGAGAAGUCCAAGACCUCGUUUGAGGAGAACAUGGGUCGUCCAGAGACCCCGACAAGGCUGGAUGAGUUCACCUGCUUGGACGAGUCCUCUUUUUCCAGCAACGAGCUGGAGGCUUACGUUCCGUACGAGCAACUGCUGAACGAUUACAACAAGGCGAGCAACGUUCAGGGGGAGACGUGACGCGGCGGCGGUGGGAGAGCCGAUGAAGACGCAGUGAAGUUUACAUGGAGAAGGUAGAGCAGGAGCUGAAGUUUGACGUCUUUCCGCGCCCUCGGGGUGCAGG